GCAGCCGCGAAGGUUCCCAUUCGCGUUGUCGCAAUCUACAAGCACCAUGUCUAACUUGAACGAGCCGUUCUACCUCCGAUACUACUCGGGCCAUCAAGGCCGCUUCGGACACGAGUUCCUCGAGUUCGACUUCCGCGUCGUUGGAGAUGGUCGCAGCGCUACUGCCCGCUACGCGAACAAUUCCAACUACAGGAAUGACAGUCUCAUUCGGAAAGAGAUGUUUGUGAGCUCAAUAGUUGUGGAAGAGAUCAAGAGGAUAGUGAGGGAAAGCGAGAUCAUGAAGGAAGAUGACGCAAAGUGGCCGACUAAGAACAAGGACGGAAGACAGGAGUUGGAAAUUCGCCUUGGAAACGAGCACAUUUCCUUUGAGACGGCCAAGAUCGGCUCGAUUAACGACGUGACAGAAUCUGCAGAUCCUGAAGGCCUCCGCGUCUUCUACUAUCUUGUUCAGGAUCUCAAGGCGUUGGUUUUUAGUCUAAUUUCCCUCCACUUCAAGAUCAAGCCCAUCUGAGUCCUCAAUAUGCUCACCACAGGCUGUCAUGGUGUCGGUCGUGGAG